AUGGCACUGAUUCCCUGCACCGCUAAGCUGGGGGUCGGCGACAAGGUGCUGCGGGUGGCUGGCGUCUCCACUGGCCCCUCCCUGGAGUUAUGCACCUUCCCCUCUUCCCUGGGCUCCUCGGUUGCGUCCGCCGCGCUGGAGCAGCUCUUUGUAGUGGAACAAUCACUGCAAAGUGACUAUUUCAAAUGCAAUGAAGAAGCUAGGACCUUUCUGAAGGACACUGCUGUAGCUGUUAAGAAAUUGGAAGAAAUGAGAAAGGCUACAAUUGAUCUUCUAGAAAUUGAAACCAUGGAACUCAGCAGACUGUAUUUUCUGUUGGAAACUCUUCCCAAUUGCUUUAACACAGAACUGGAAGAGUGUGUCAGAGAUGCUCGCAAAUUAAAUCUUUCUGAGAUAAGUGAAUUACAUAUGAAAAUCACAAGGAUUGAUUCUGAAAUACAGUCUCUGAGGAAGAGAAUACUUGAGCUGAAAGAAAAUAAUGAAGCUCUGGGGAAAAAGCAAGAGGAAUUAGUGAAGCAGCAUGAAAAGUUUAUCCUGUCACUCAAUGACAUGAUGGAAAAAAAAGCCACUGCAACUAUUUACAUAAACGACACUUAUACCAAGAUAAACUUGGAGAAACAAGAAAUCGAAUUGCAAAACAAAUGCCUUGAAGAGGCAAUGGAGAAGAUGGAAAAAGACAGAGAAGAAUAUUUGUUAAGAAAAAAAAAGCUGAGUAUACAGGUGGCUGAAAAACUGCACAAAUCUCGUUUAGAGAAUAAAGAGCUGCGAGACAAACUAACUACUCUUACCAGACAAUAUAAGAUUGUCCUAAGUGAAGAGGAUGAGAUGUUUUUUAGGAAAAGAAAGAUCCAUGAUGAACAUCAGAAACAACUGGAAUUUAUUACUCAGAAAGAAAACUUCCUAGCACAAAGAAAAGUAGACAUCAAAAAUAUGGAAGAAGGACUCAUCACCCUACAAGAACUUCAUCGAGCAACACAAGAAGUAUACCGGAAACAAAUAAAAAUCCUGGGUGAUAAUCUGGAAAGAGAAAGUCAGAGAUGUAUUAUAACUCAGUGGAAAAUAGGUUGUUUGCUAAAAAAGCAUGCACGUUGGGUGCUCACGACAAAAAAUGAUAUACAAGAAAUUAUUAAUAAAAUUGAGGUUGCAGAACAAAGAAAAAUUAAAUUAUAUGAAGAGACCACUUCUAGAGAAAAAGAAAUCAAUGAAUUUGUGGCACAAAUUGAAAAACUUACAAUAGAAUUAAAACAAGAGGAGCAGGAAUUUGUUCACAAAGAAAAACAGUUAAUUGAAGAAUUAAGCAACUAUGAGGUUAAAUUUGUCAAGGAAGUAAAAAUUAACAAAGAAAAGGAAGAAGAGCUAGUUGAGUGUCUUCCACAACUUCAAGUGGCAGAAGAAGCAUUUCUGGAAAAACAUAGAAGGUGUGAAGAGCUUGUAAAUAUUCUUACAGAACAAAAGUAUGAGGAGACUUUGCUAAACAAUAACAUUGCUCAGUUGACAAGAGAUUUUUCAAGAUACAGUCGCCACACGGAUAAACUGAAGCAAGAAGUAAAAUAUUUACGAGAUCAAGAAAGCAUUAAAAUCAAAAAUCAUUUUGAAAUUCUAAAGAACUUAGAAAAUGAAAUCUAUGCACAUGACCAAAAAGCAGAACUUUUGCUCAUGGAAAAUAAAAGAUUAAAAGCAUAUAUUUCAUACCUGAAGAAAAAGACAGAAGAAUACACGAAAGGAGAAGAAAGCCUCGUACACACCUCAAGUGAACUGUCUUGGAAUUUGAUAGUUAUGCAGAAACAAUACAUGGAAUUGUGGGCUGAAUUUCAAACCUCAGCUAAGGAGUUGGUGAAUAACGGUAAAGAGAUAAUGCAAGAAAUAAACAGUCUAAUAGAAAAGCUAUCUGAAAGAGAUGAAAAAAUUGAGACUAUCAGUACUUGGCUACAAGGGAAUCUUGACGAGCUGCGUUCUCUUACAGAAAACGGUCCACAAAUGAACCUCGGUAAGCAACAUCUCAGAACUUUUGGUACAAGAUAA